AUGCUAACAUCACCAAAAAUUAUUGGUAUACCAUUUCAACGAUUUACAAUAGAUUAUAUUGGGCCAAUUAAUCCACCAAGCAAUGGCAACUCAUAUAUUUUGGUAGGAACUUGCGCAACUACAAAAUACGUUAUAGAAAAAUCAUACAAAAACGCUGACGCAAGGUCGACAGUCGCAUAUUUAAUAGAUAUAAUUUUACGAUUCGGAGCAAUAGGCGAAAUACACUCUGACCGAGGCUUACAUUUUGCAAAUAAAUUGGUGAAAGACUUACUAAAAGCGCUAAAUAUAAAUAACACAUAUUCAAUUGCAUACCGUCCCCAGAGCCAAGGCCAGAGAGAAAAGUUCAACGGGACUUUGAUAGAUAUGAUUAGUCACUUUGUACAGGAACAAUCAAAAAAAUGGAGUCUAUACUUAAAAUAUGUACUAUUUGCGUAUAACACAGCAAUUAAUGAUACAACGAAAAACACACCGUUUUACCUAUUACACGGAUAUAAUCCAAAAUCAAUAUUUGAUCACAACUUCAUAAGUACAGAAACAUCCCCCGAAAUUUUACUGGAAUUAAAAAAAUUUAAAAAUAUUCUAGACGAACUCCCAAAAUUAUUAGCGGACAGAUAUUUAAAAAUAAAAAACAUUAUGACUCAAAUAAGGUACAGGUAA